AAAAAUAUAAUUUUUUGCAAUUUGGUGGUUGUUUUUAGUAAAAAAUUGACAGAUAUGGCUUUUGAUGUAGCUUAUUAGCUUCAUGCAGCAGGUUCAUAGAAUCUUUUUUACAAUUUAUGUUUGUCAAUUGCAAUGCAUCUGAUUGAUUGAAUCUACUUGUCCUUUUCUUUUCAGGCUGUGUUCUGUGUUCAGUUUGUUUGGAUGACCUGCCAGAAAACUUGAAUUCUGACGUCAAAUAUGUUAUCAGGAGAAUAGAGCAACAAGCUGAUUUGGGCUGAACAAUGUCUUUUUUGAAGUGGUUUUGGUUGUGAUCUUCACUACUUUAGGACUGAUUCACUGUUUUAUCAUCUCUUUGGUGUGACAAGUUGUUGAACUUUCUACAGUUUUUUAUGAUGUAUUUAUGUUGCAAUCUGAAUUUGCAUGGCAAAUCAAUGCAGCCACUAGGUUAUUUAAUUUGAAAUUUGAAAUAUGCUUCUCUGUGGCAGCUGGGCAAGUUCUCCCUUUCUUUCCUUUUGGUCUUUGCUCUCUUAAUUUUAAGAUUCCUCCGGAAAAUGUGUUUGAUAGCACCCGUAAACUGGAGGAUAAACGGUGGGUUUUUGGUUGAAACCACCUCCGAUGUCCCCAACAAAACAAAUUCAUCGUCUUCACCUCGAUUUUCCUCACCCUUUUCUCUUCCAGAUCUGGUCGUUCAUCACCCAUCACUUGCCCGCCUAACAGAUCCAGGAACACCGCAAAUCAAAUCUCAAAGUCUACCCCAAUCCGCCGGAAUAUGGCUCGAGUGGGUGGUGCUAGGCUACGCUACCGGUGUUGAAUAUCAUGGUGCUCGUCCUAAUGAUUUCUCCAGGAGAGAGAAAGAGACUUGCAGAGAACACAAGUUGGGCCAAAUUUGAGCUUCCAAUUUACGCGAUCCCCUUUUGAGCUUUCCUUUAGCCUUUUUCAAAGUUCUCGGUUGACUGCUCCACUUCAUUCAUCUUCUUUCCGUUUUCAUUAUUCGCUGCCAAAGCCACCGCCUUAGAUGUUUCAUUUAAACCAUUGAAAUAACUGAUCAUGUUCCCUUCCUCUCCAUUAUAGCUCCCUGCAAAGA